CUGAAUCAUGGCUCCCUUCCGAGCUGCACCGUCGACCACCCAUAAAACGCAGCGCAGGCUGUAUUCACGUGCAUUUCUUGCCAUAUUAUUCUACUCUACCUCAUCAUCGUUUCUCUUCCAGCUGUUAAACCCUACAGACGAUCUCCAAUACAGUACAGCCGCAGGCAGCGUGACGCUCGACGAAGUACCCCUCCAGAAUCCCACUCUCAUCGAGUCUCGAAUAACUGGCACGAACGACCACCUCAUCUUGAUCCUAUCUAUGAGAGCUUUCCGAACGGGCGGAGACAAGAGGUAUCGUUCGACUUUGAAGACUCCUUUCGCGCGUCUGGAGAAAAGGAGGAAGACGACGACAACGACGACGAGGGCGGCGUGUUGUUUCCCUGGGAGGAUGAGCAGACGCUCAUAGCGGAUCUCUCGUAUGAUGGCCGUGUCGAACCAGAUGACGAGGACAUUGUUAAGCUCAUCGACUCGC